AUGGGCGGCCUCGGUAGUCUUCUUGGUGCAAUCCUCCGGAUUGUCUGCGGCUCGUCCAGCUCCAAGGAGGAGUCCGGUGCCGAGCAGCCCUCACAAGGCCACUAUCCUCAGCAGCCUAUUCAACAGCAACCGCAAGCUUACCCGCCCCCUCAGCAACAACCGCAAUCUCCACCCCCUCAACAGCCUCAUACUUAUGCGCAAGCAGCGCAAUCACCGUCUGGAGCUGCUUCUCAACAAGAGGGAUUUCUACCUGACCAAAACCAAGUAAACCAACACAAUGAACAGUACAUGGCUCUUCGUGCCGAAGCGAACGAGGAGGGUGAUCAGAUGUCGCGCGCGUUCCAAGAAAGUCACGAAGCGUACUCGAGAGGGGACGGUGCUAUGGCGAAGGAACUGUCGAACAAAGGGAAGGCCCACCAAGCGAAGAUGGAGGAACUCAACCACAAGGCAAGCGAGUGGAUUUUCGUCGAGAACAAUAAGGACAGCCAACCUGGAGAAGUCGAUUUACACGGACUUUACGUCAAGGAGGCUAUCAGCUAUACCGACCGGGCUGUACAGGAAGCCCGUCAGCGCGGAGACGGGGAGAUUCACCUCAUCACAGGAAAGGGAUUACAUUCCAGAGGUCAUGCCGCGAAACUCAAACCCGCCAUCGAGGAGCUCAUGGUCAAGCAUCAGCUCAUCACUGAACUGGACCCGCAAAACUCUGGCGUGCUCAUUGUCCACCUCGAUGGACGGGGCGCCAAUAGACCUGGCGCCCUUGGGACUGACGAAAUCGCGGGUCGGCUUGACCGCGACGAAGGAUGUACAAUCAUGUAG